AUUCAUUCCUUUUUAUCACUCUUGGGCGCAAAUAGGAAUCUUUCUGCUGAUAAAUUCAGUUCCAGCGCUGUCGAUCUAGAGGAGAAAGAACAGACAUGUCCAGCUCCAAAGAUCCAACCACGGUUGUACCAGCUCCUUCGUGGGGAUGGGGAUGGCCACAUACAACAUACGCAAUGGAAGGGGGUGUUGACUCUGGGCUAGAAGACGAUGAGGAAUUCGAGCAGUCAAUCGAGCCCGAUGAUCCAAAGAUUUUUCGCGAUGGCAGGGCCCCGCGUGAGACGGACAUUUUCAUAGCGGUCAUGGGCGUGACUGGUUGUGGCAAAAGUUCCCUGAUCUCACUUUGCUGCAAAAGGCCAGUUAGAAUAGGCCAUGAUCUACAAGCGUGCACCGCCGUGGUCGACGUUUACCCGUUUGAACUUUCUCCCACACAGACCGUCUUUCUCAUCGAUACACCUGGCUUUGACGACACAAAUCGCAGUGACUCUGAUGUUCUCAGAGAGAUCGCAUCAUGGCUGACCAACUCAUUCCGCAACAAAAUCUUGCUCCAUGGCAUUAUAUACUUGCACAGGAUCAGCGAUCCACGCAUGCAAGGAUCGGCUCGGAAGAACCUGAUGAUGUUCAAGAAGCUUUGUGGAGAUGACGCCCUCAAAAAGGUGAUACUAGCUACCACAAUGUGGGAUAUAGUUCCCGCGGAAACUGCUGAGGCUAGACAAACAGAGUUGGUAAACACGCCCGAGUUUUGGGGCUACAUGGUGUCCAAGGGGAGUCGAGUCUUUAGGCAUCACAACACCAUCGGCUCGGCUCGAAAGAUUAUCGAAUCCCUGAUAAGAGACAGAAAUACAAUGAUCCUAGAGCUGCAAAACCAGAUGGUCAACGAAGCUCGGCCGCUGCAAGACACGGCCGCCGGAAUGGAACUCCAGAAAGAGUUUGCUCGAGAGAGGAAAAGGUGGGAACGCGAGCUGCGGGAGGCACAAGAGGGCAUGGAGGAGGCCAUUCGCAAGCGCGACAAGGAGUCCGAGGAAGCGCUAUUGGAGCUUAAAACCGAAUACGCAGAGCACAUCAAGAGGCUCGAACGCGAGCAUGACAAGCUCAGGACUGACGCGGUACAGCUGCACCAGGAACGUAUAGUGAGGUUCAAGAAUGCCCUCAAGUUCCAGGAGAUAGUUCGUGGCAAGUACCACGAAGAAAGUCAGGGUUACUCCUCGGAUGCACCCACCUUCUCAUACAGUAUGGUCGGUGAGAGAUAUUGCUUUACGGGCCCUGUGACCUAUUGGUAGAAUACUUUCAAGAAGAUUCUCAUGUCGAAUCAGAGCUAUGGCACACUCUGGUGUGGUGUUGGUGGCGCGUGGAUUUGCAAAUAUCGCAGUCGUGGGGGCAGUUGGACGACUCGUUACAACAAGAUGGUCGUUGAGAGAUAUCCUAAUCUCCGACAGAAAAUUCAGACUCCAAAGCCCUGGGUCGGAAGCUGGCCACAUUGGAUCUGCAUGGGACCAGCUCCACACUAUAUCCUUCAAUGGAAGGGUAAGCCUCCCGCAGAGUCUCGUCAGGAUGCUUUCCUUCCUCAGACAGUCGCAGCGGUGCUCAAAAAGGUAAGACAGGAUGGCGAAUUGCAGGCGGCAGCCCUUGGGAUCAACAACACGUAUGUUUUUGUCGAUGUGAAAGGCAAUGCAACUUGGGAUCUCGGCAAUCACUACGUAGGACUGAAACGCCGCCUGGAGCAACACUCAACCGAUAUAGAGGCUGUGGCUUUGAACCCCGCAAGUACGACGGACUACAUCAUUCAGUACCGAAACGGCAGCAUGGGCUAUUCGGUGGAGAAGUGCAUGCCGAACGAGCAUUUUGAGUCCUGGGUUGUCAAAAACACCGAGCUUGAGUUCGGAGCUUCACAGGACUAGUUAGUUACUCAUGUGCCUGAAGGACUAGAGCAAGCCCGAGGUGGACUUGAGGCACACCACAUCUCAUGGCGAGGAAGCGUACCGGGCGUAUACUUAUAAAUGCUGGAAUGGGAAAAUAGGAUAGGGACCUUAUUGGCACUAGCGUACCCAGUAUAUAUGAGACCCUAAUGUGAUGCACACACUCAUUGAUUGUUC